AGAUGUGGAAAGUUACAUACGCACCGUUAAAUUAUUUUCAAAAUGGCUGCUGCUGGACGUGGUAGGGGCCGGGGACGAGGUUUAUUAGCUAGAGAACUGCCAGAAGAUGCCCAAACACGACCUGGAAGUAUUGCAUCAGAAGACGCUAAGGUGUCAGAAAAUGGUGUAGAAGUGAAGAAAGAAGGAACAUCAAAACAAGACAGUCUUCUAGAGUUACAACAUAUUCUUGAUAAUCUGACUUUAGAUGUUAGUGACCAUGAUCUAAACGAGUUGUAUCAGUUAGCCGAAUCUGCUUCUAACACAGACAAUGAUAUAAAACAUGUAACAGAACAAGUAUAUUCUAAAUUCACGUCAGACAGGGAGUAUGCUAAAACCGGAGCUUUUAUAUGUGAAAAACUUGCAUCGUUGGAGGUUAAUGGAACAAAGUUUAGAUCUUUGUUGCUUUCAAUGAUUCAAGCAGAUUAUAAAGAUAAAGACAGUCUCCGUUCAAAAUCAGUAUCAAAAUUUUUAAACAUUUUAAGUUUUAUGUGUCAAGUAUUUGGCACAAUGAGGACGGCAGGUGGAGAAGUAUUUAAACCUCUAGUCUCACCACUGUACGAGUGUUUCAAUAUGAUUCUAGACAGUGAGCAAUGUGAUAAUGAUGAGUAUGAAUGCCUUAAUGAACAAUUACAGUCAAUUGGAAGAGAUCUAGAACAAAGUGACAGAGAUAAAAUGGAACAAAUGAUGUUUAAAAUCAGGUCAAAGGUCAUUAGGAAUGGGUCUACGCCACAAGCAAGAUGUACAUUACUGGAGAUCAUCGAAUGUCAUUGUCGAGGCUGGAAAGAUUUGGCAAAUGAUGUUACACGAUUUUAUUGUGAUACGAUGAUGGACAUUUUAACAGAUUAACAUCUUCAUCAUCCUUAAACGUCUAAUGCUGUAUAACUUUAUGUUACUAAUUCUAUAUGUAAAAGUGUGUAUAUGAUAGAAAUAUAUGAACAGAAAAACCAAAUUUUUAAAGAACUGAUAAUGAUCAAGCUAGUUAUGGAAAGAAUCGGUUGUUCUUCUCAGGUACCAGCUUGUGCCUGAAAUAAUGCACAAAGAGGCACCUGAGGUCUGCCUCCACCAGUAAAGCUGGGAAGUAUUCAUAUGAGCCCUGUCACGACAAAACCAACAUAGUGUGUUUGGGACCAGCAUGGAUCCAGACCAGCCUCGCAGUCUGAUCAGGAUCCAUGCUGUUCGCUGUCAGUUUCUCCACUUGUAAUAGAGUUGGAAAGCGAACAGCAUGGAUCCUGAUCAGACUGCACAGAUGCGCAGGCUGGUCUGGAUCCAUGCUGGUCGCAAACGCAAUAUGUUGGUUUUGUUGUGACGCGGCCCAUAUGAUCUAUACAGUGUAAAUGUGACUUACAUGUAAGUCCAACAAAACAAACAAAUUGAUUAAGAAACUAAUUAAAUGGAAUGUUUUAACUUUGUUUAUGGUAAGGUUUCCGGACCUUGAAAACUUUUGGUUACAUUCCUUUAUUGAUGUAUAGAGAGCAUUACAAUGGUCACUUACAUGAAAUGGUUUUUAUUUGUGAUGAAUCCUAAACAUUGUUAAUAACUGAAGUAUUUGACCUUUAAAUGCUUAAUACCUCAAAUGGACUUGUUAAUCUUUCAGUCUGGAUAAAAAUGAUUAUCUUUUUUUUUUUUUUU